AUGUGCCAUGCAGCCUGUGACAACUUCACCGGCCUGAUGAUCACUCGUUUCCUGCUCGGAGCCUUCGAGGCAGCUGUCGCUCCAGGAUUCUCUCUGGUGACGGGUAUGUGGUACACGAGGCGUGAGCAGCCCCUUCGCUACGGGAUAUGGUUUCUGGAUAACGACAUGGCCUCGAUGUUGGGGGGCUUGCUCACCUACGCUAUCGGACACAGUGAUAGCGGACUCGCAGCUUGGCGAUACUUGUUUCUUAUCUUCGGUGCCAUCACUGCGCUAUGGGGACACACCAUCCACUACCUUCUGGCUGAGCUCAAACGUGAUGUCGCCGUCCAUCGCCUCAUUGCAGACGGUCAGGCGGGCUUCAAGGGUACCUUUCAAAUGUCUCAGGUUAUUGAAGCCCUGCGCGAUCCGGCGACGUGGUUCUUGUCGCUGUACACAUUUUGUGUCAACAUUGAAAACGGAGGGCUCACUGGCAUUUGGGUCACUAGAGCCGCAGAGCUAGGAUUUGUGAUCCUGAGCUCUGCCCUUUGCUUGUGGCUUCCCAAUAUGCGCACCAUCACAAUGAUAGUGCUCACUUUGAUCAGCCUGACUGGUAUGGCUCUUAAGUAUGCACUCGAUGCCAGUAUCCAACCCGGUCGCAUGGCAGGCUUCUGUCUCAGUCUAGCCUUUGCAGCCAAUAUGCCCCUCGGGCUGUCAUUAGUCACCAGCAAUGUUCGAGAAUUUACCAAGCGGGCAGUGGUAAACGCUUGUGUCCUAGUGAUGUACUGUGUGGGCAAUAUUGUCGGACCGCAAUUUUCCAGCGUAGACGAGGCUCCGCGGUAUAACAGAGGCAUCACAGCUAGUCUGGCUGGGUUCGGACUGGGAGUAUUUUGGUUAGUGUGUCUGCGUGUCUAUUUACAGUGGCAAAACAGGAUCCGGUCUCGAGAGGACGAGUCGAGUGUACCCCGAGAGAUCCUUCUCAUGGAGGAUCCGACCGACUGGGAGAUUCCUGGCUGUCAAUAUGUCUUGUGGGAUGGGUUUGGUCUUCUUCUCUGUGAAGAAUAUGAUUGGAUCAGCGUGAAAUCUCCGUGA